GUCAAGUUUUAGAGGAAGGAGAUAAUUUUGUUGUCGUUAUCGAAAAAGUUGGUUGCACGGUAACUCCUGGUUUUGAUUACAAAGAUUUUGAAUUAAUUAGCUCAAAAAGUCUUUCCGAACAAUUUCCUCAACAUCUAGAAGUUAUAAAAAAAUUAACUCGCGAGUAG